UCAACCUUCUCUUCUUCCUUUUCAACUACGCCACACGCCGGAUUCGAUCAGGAGAAGAAUUUUAUCUCCAAUUCUCAUAUUUAUCUCCUUUUCCUCUUCUCUCUCUCUUUGUUCGCUCCCAUUCCAGAUUCCUAGGAUUUGGGUGUUUCCCUUAGAGAGAGAGAGAGAGAGAGAGAGAGAGAGAGAGAGAGAGAGAGAGAGAGAUCGGUGUGGGGCUAUGGCUGUUUCCAGUGCGUUUGUCGUUGGUCCGAAGCUGGAGACCUUGUUUCUGAAUCAACAUCAUCACCUUUCGUCGUCGUCUUCGUUGACCAAUUUGUGUCUCCUCGGUGUUCAUGUUCUUCCGAGGAACAAUCGGAGCCGGAAAGUUCUUAUCCAGAAAGCGCGUUGCGAACUCUCUUCCUCUGAUUCAGCGUCCAUGGCGUCCAGCAUCUCCGCUCUUGAGCAGCUCAAGUCUUCCGCCGCUGACAGGUAUACAAAGGAAAGAAGCAGUAUUAUAGUGAUUGGGCUCAGCGUUCACACGGCUCCUGUUGAAAUGCGUGAAAAGCUCGCCAUUCCUGAAGCUGAAUGGCCUCGAGCUAUCGGAGAAUUGUGCGGUUUGAAUCACAUUGAGGAAGCUGCUGUCCUUAGCACCUGCAACCGGAUGGAGAUAUACGUUCUGGCUCUUUCUCAGCACCGUGGAGUCAAGGAAGUUACGGAAUGGAUGUCAAAGACAAGUGGGAUCCCAGUUUCGGAGAUCUGCGACCACCGUUUUCUGUUGUACAACAAGGACGCGACCCAGCAUCUCUUCGAAGUCUCGGCUGGUCUUGACUCCCUUGUUCUUGGGGAAGGUCAAAUCCUUGCACAGGUUAAACAAGUCGUUAAAGUCGGGCAAGGAGUCAAUGGGUUUGGAAGGAGCAUAAGUGGGCUGUUCAAACACGCGAUCACGGUUGGAAAACGUGUCAGAACAGAGACGAAUAUUGCUGCUGGAGCUGUUUCGGUUAGUUCAGCUGCUGUUGAACUUGCUCUGAUGAAGCUUCCGGAAUCUUCCCAUGCAUCUGCUAGGAUGCUGGUAAUCGGAGCAGGAAAGAUGGGGAAGCUCGUAAUUAAACACUUGGUUGCAAAGGGCUGCACAAGAAUGGUGGUUGUGAACCGAAGUGAAGAGAAAGUUGCCGCUAUCCGUGAGGAGAUGAAGGGUGUUGAAAUUAUAUACAAACCCCUCGACGAGAUGCUUGCCUCUGCUGCAGAAUCGGAUGUUAUCUUUACGAGCACAGCCUCCAAGACUCCAUUGUUCCUGAGAGAGCAAGUACAAGAUCUUCCCUCUGUUGGUCCUGAGGUUGGAGGUAGAAGGCUCUUUGUCGAUAUCUCAGUCCCGAGAAAUGUCGGGUCAUGUGUUGCUGAAGUGGAAGGUGCACGGGUUUACAACGUCGACGACCUAAAGGAAGUAGUUGCUGCCAAUAAAGAGGACAGGCUAAGGAAAGCAAUGGAAGCUCAUGCCAUUAUUGCCGAGGAAUCGAAGCAGUUUGAAGCUUGGAGGGAUUCAUUGGAGACAGUUCCGACAAUCAAGAAACUUAGGGCUUACGCAGAGAGGAUAAGAGUUGCAGAGCUCGAGAAAUGCUUGUCGAAAAUGGGUGACAACCUCGACAAGAAGACAAAAAAAGCAGUGGAUGAUCUCAGCCGGGGAAUCGUGAACAAACUUCUACACGGUCCGAUGCAGCACUUGAGAUGCGAUGGUGGUGACAGUAGAACUCUGAGCGAAACCCUCGAGAACAUGCACGCCCUGAACAGAAUGUACGGGCUCGAGACAGAAUUAUCGAUAUUGGAGGAAAAAAUCCGGGCAAAGGUUGGGCAGAAGUAAAGUACUAGGUAUCUCUUCGGACAAGAACAAGAGUUUCGGUUUCAGAUUCAGAUUCAGUCCCACCUCGAGAAACCCGGGUAAGAGAGUGAUCUUACCGGGUUAUAUACUCGUUGUAUAGGUCCCGAGUAGGAUCUAUCGAUUCAUUUAUCCGCGAGGAAAGACGCUUCUAAUGUUCAUCCGCAUCAAAGCAAGUGUUUAUUAAUGAUAGGAAAUGUCGUGAAAGAGAUCUUUGUUCCAUGUUUCUGGCUCGCGGGAAAACAAGAGUCUUGGGUUUGUUACCUUUUCGUAAUGUUUAUGAGCUUACCACUUUGCGGUUAUAGAGAAUGACGUCUGCCUU